AUGGCCGACCAGCGCGGCUGCGUGUUCCCCUACAAGAAGAAGGGUGAGGUGCACCGCUGGCACGUGCGCUUUCCCGGCCAGGGGGUGAAGGACUAUGUCGCUUCCGUGGUGAAGGAGGAGCAUGCUCUGGCAGAGGAGCUCUUGACACACCUCAGGUGCCAGACCGGCGAGCAAAGCAACGCUGAUCUCCGCAAGGUGUGCCAGGAUCAGCUGGCGGUUCUUCGGCGCGCGAGCGCAGCGCAGCCCGCUGCCAGCUCAUGCAGACCAGAAGAAGCUGAGGAGGUGGCUGAGCCAGUUCAGACCCCGACGGCAGCAGCACCAGCAGCAGCAGGGAGAGGAGGAGGCGAAGCUGAUCCAGCUGUGCUGCCGCCUGCGACCUUACCUGCAGAUGAGGGCGCACCGCCCCAGAUUUCGAUUGAAUGCGAAAUCUGCUGGGAGCCCUUCAACGAGUGCAGCCGAGCGCCGUUCCUGUCCAAGUGUGGCCACACCUUCUGCCAAAGCUGCAUGAAGAAGAUCCUCGGGUCAAGUCAGUCCUAUGACUGCCCCAAGUGUCGAAAAACCUUCACGGCGGAUCAGUGCAUGAAGAAUGUUUGGAUCAUCCAGAAUCUUGAUGCCUUGGUCCAGCGAAGAGCGAGGAGCAGACCGAACUCAGAGGAGGAAGCUGCAUCUGCAGUGCCCGCUCAGGCCCAGGCCUUAGGGGAGGUCUUGGGGACCUCCGAGCCCCGUCGUGCGAAAAGGAGAAGAGUCAACGAGCCGGGCUUCGCGGAUCCCUCGUCGGAAAGAGAAGCCCCGGCAAGACCCAGGCCUCCGGUGCCAGCUGGAACGCCGCGAGCUCCACAGCCGGGUCCGGUGAACCGUCCCAGACCUGCAGAUCCUGGGCGUGCGGCACCACGCGCCGGCCAAGGAGGUGCUCAAGCUUCGGAGGCAGGACGCAUGAGGCUCUCGAGGCCGGCUUUGAGCCAUGGGAGCUUGCGGCGUCUUGCUCCUCGAACUUCUCUGCCCGAAAGCAAGAUCGCCGUGGCAGUGCCGGGGAGCUUGAUGGGUCGAGUCAUCGGUCCCGGUGGUUCCGUGAUCCAGGCUGCACAGCGAACCUUCGGCGUGAAGGUUAGCUGCGAAGGCGACAAGGUGCACAUUUCGGGUCAGAUGGCAUCCGUCGAGUCUUGCGCCCAAGCCCUCCACGCUUACGUGAAGAGGAACUCCGAAACGACGGACGAGAUCCCGGUGCCAAAGGUAGUGGCAGGAGUGUUCUGGCCCGCGGACCUGCGUGCCGUCGAGCGACAGGCAUGCACUGAGGUGCCAACAGAACAGGAAGUCUUCCUCGAGAAGCGGCAAACAUUGCGUGUGGACCUCGAGAAGGACUCAGAUGUCGCGCGGUUCCGGCUCAUUGGCACUGGUGCAGCCGUCCAAGUCGGCGUGGCGAAGCUGAAGGAGCGCGUGGAUGCCAUCAAGGUGCAGGAGAUGGAGGUUCCUGUGAACGAGCAGGUUGUGGAAGUUAACGAGCUGGUCAGCAUGAUUCGCUCCAUGAGCGGCAAGCGGGGCAUCUCCAUCGAACCGAGCGCAGAGGCAGGAUACUUAAAGGUUAGGACAGCGUCCUCCACUGCGGCCAUGGCCAUGGCCGCGGAAGAGGAUACUGCCUUCGUCGUUGCAAACAUCUUAAAGGGCCGCUUCGGCCAUGGCGGUGACUUCACGGUGGUCAUGGAAGAGCAGGCAAUGAAGUAUCGAAGCCAAGAAGCCGCUUCGCUUCAAUCGGAGUGGUUCAAGCUCGAGGCUCUGGAAGGCAAUUUCUACAACCGCUUGCGCCAUGCGGUCUUGGCAUGGCGGCUGGUGGCCGCAGUAUCAGACAUGGUGGAGAUAGCCGGUCACACGCGCGCAGCAGAUGGAGAAGAUCGUCGACGACUUCCAUCGGUCUUUGGGCAAAAUGCCGCCUUCUUGGCAAUGUGUGAGAGCGAUGUCAGGGAAGAUGAUGCGCAUAGCUGCCCGGCCGGCUUCUUCGUGUUCUUGGCUUCAGGUUCGGCGGAUUACCGGCAAAAGACCCUUCUCAGAGUGCCGCGAGGCGAGGACGCUGCCAAAGAGACACCGCCCAGCGAAGUUGCUGCAGCGCCCUGCACCCCUCCAGAUGUCGCCACGCCGAGGUCGAGGUCUCGAUCUCCCAAGCCCGGCAGGCUGCACCGAAGCUCCCAAGCUGGCCAGGCUCGGCCCCAGCUUCGACGUGCAAGCGGUCUAGCGGGGCGUCCCUCGGGCAUUCGCUGCUCUCUGGCGCACAGGGCAUCCUUCCUUCACCGUGGCUUCGCUAACCCGGAGGCGGAGACAUGUUGGCUUUCCUGCCUCUUCCAAUCGCUCUGGCACUCGGUGGUGUUUCACCAGGCCUUCGAUGAGCACCUGCGCCUCUCAGAUCAGUGCCUGGGUCCCGAGGAGCAUGUCCUGGCAGCGCUGCAGGCCACAUGGGCUGACUAUGGGACGACCUCAGGCGAGGGUCAAGCUGAAGGACAGCCGAGCCAGGCAUCGCUGGUACCUGCGGAAGGUCUCGCCGAGGCGUUCGGCGAAGGCUAUGGAGACAUGUCCGAAGCACUUGCCCGCAUCCAGGACGAGCUUUCCAUGUCUGGCAGCCCAGAAGCAGUGGCCAUCGCCGAUCGGAUGGUCUUGGUUCCCCUUUGUGGUUCGGCCUCGGGCGCUUUGCCUGGGCCUGCGGAGGCUGCGGUACUUGCCCAGGAGUGGCAAGUCGCGAACUCUCCCCUGAUAGCCGUGGACCUGACUUUGCCCACGCCCACUGCAGAAGAGUGCCAGCUCUUGGCAGACAUGUGGGUCCCCCGUGGUUCGGAGGCUGCUUCACAAGCGAGCAGCCAGUCCAGUUCGUCAGAUUCUGGUCUGCAAAGCACGCAUCGACUGGUCGCCCUCGUGUGCUUCAUGUGGAAUUUGCGACAUUAUGUCGCCUUCUGUUGCAGACAGAGCGACCCCAGCAGCUGCGUUUUCUUCAACGAUUUGCCUUGCCUCACACCGGGUGCACCUAAAGAGAUUGGCUGGAGAGACGUGCCGAAGCUUUGCAGCGAGCAUUGCCUGAUGCCCCGUCUCCUCCUGUAUGAAUCUCGAUCUGCCGCGGAAGAUGCAUGUCGCUCCAGACUAAAGUUUAAAUCGGACUGA